UUGAAGAUUUAACGUCAGUCGAUCUUUGUCACUUGUAAGAUGAAGCUGUAUCUGUUGCCUGUCGCGCUAUGGGCUCUUGUCAAUGCCAUUUCUGGUGAACCCGGAAAAGCUCCUUUAAAGCAACUUAACGAUGGAAACGCCAUCCCGAGCCUGGCUCUAGGAACCUUCGGAUUUGGUGACAUUCCAAAAGUGCGUCAGGCAGUGUUGUGGGCCAUUCAGGCUGGCUACCGUCACAUCGACACCGCAGCACUUUACGGCAAUGAAGAAGAGGUCGGGAAGGGAAUCGCUGAUGCCAUCCAGCAAGGACUGGUCAAGAGAGAGGAAUUGUUUGUUACCACCAAGCUAUGGAACGACAAACAUGGUCGUCACCAGGUAGUGCCUGCUCUCCGCGAGUCACUCACCAAACUUGGGCUGAGCUAUGUCGACUUGUACCUCAUUCACUCACCCGAAGCUACUAACGAGAACGGUGAUCCCGUCGAUAUCGACGUCUUGAACACUUGGAACGGUAUGGAAGAAGCCAAGAAGCUUGGCUUGGCCAAGUCCAUUGGAGUGUCAAACUUCGACACUGCACUACUUGAUCGACUUAUCGCUGGAAGCAACACCGUCCCUGCUGUCAACCAGAUUGAGGUCCACCCAUCCAAAACCCAAGAGAAGUUGGUAGCGGACAGUCACGAACGUGGUAUCGAGGUCAUGGCCUACAGUCCCUUCGGCUUCUACGUCUCCAGAGGCAGCCACAACAACCCCGUGAAGAACGACCGCACCGUAGCUGACAUCGCCAGGAAAUAUAACAAGACCGUCAACCAGGUUUUGGUUAGGUACUUGCUGGAAAGAAGCUUGAUCCCGAUUCCGAAGUCGACCAACCAGCAGCGCAUCAGAGAGAACAUCGAUGUUUUCGACUUCCAGCUCUCCCCCGAAGAUAUCAAUGCGAUCGGUAAACUGGACAAAGAUCUUAGCAUCUUUGACUAAUGUAAAUAUCGACAAAUAAAUAUAGAUUUGUUCGUCUAAAAUGUUUCACUGUU